AUGCGCUGGUUCGCUCUCAUCCCUGCGCUUCUGUGCACAGGCGCGCUGAUUCUAUCCUUUCUGUGCCUGUUUGCAGGGCGCAACACCCAUUUCCUGAACGAUUUCCCCAUAGUGACUUUGAACACGUCGCGACUGGGCUAUGAGGUCUUCAACACCACCGAAUCGUCAAGCAAUCCGGUGGUGUCGUUUUUCAAAAACAUCAGCAACAAUGUCGAAGGUCGCAUUCAAGAUAAAUUCAACUCUUUCGCGCAGGAACUCGGUCUAGCAGACUUCUACGCCGCACAUCUUUUCACCUAUUGCGAAGGAGAUUACGUCCCUGGCCCGGUACCGAACGCGACCUUAUCUCGCUCGAGCAUUUCCAAUAACGUAACGGAGUGCUCCAACACCACCAGCCUGUUCGAUACCGAUCUUCGUACGGUACUCCAGCGCGAGCUCAACAACAGCGGGCACAGCAACAUCGAUCUGGAGGACUUGGGCUGGCCAUCGGCCAUCGACGAUGGCUACAGAACGCUCGGCGUCUUAGCACGCGCAACUUUCAUUCUGUACUGCAUAGGCGUCGGGCUCAUCGGUGUCGCCACCUUACUCGCCUUGAUCAGCGUGUUUUUCAAUGGCCGUAUCAGCGCUCUGGUCAAUGUGAUUUUUGAGGUCUUGGCUUUCCUGGUCAUCGGAAUUGCAAGCGCUGUGGCGACGUCGCUGGCUGUGAAGGGCAGCGACAUUGUCAAUCAAUACGGCGACAAAGUUGGCAUCAACGCUCAUCAAGGCAAUAAAUGGUUGGCCAUGACCUGGGUGGCGACAGGAGUCAUGCUCGUCGCGAGUGUACUCUGGUGUUACAGCUGUUGCACAAGCCGAAAGGCUGGAAGAUCGGCGAAGGUCAACGGCAAGGGCGAAUAUUGA